AUGUCCGACAACAUCAUCUUCAGUAUCGCUAAGGACGUGGAUACCUACGCCGUCUCUCAUUUGAUUCCAACCGACCAAGCCCUGACCGAUGCUAUCUCCAACAGCUCCAAACAUGGAGUGCCUCCAAUUGCCGUCUCUCCUGCCCAGGGAAAGUUUCUUUCCAUACUGACCAGAAUGUUGGGUGCCCACAACGUGCUGGAGAUCGGCACUUUGGGCGGCUACUCCAGCAUUUGGUUCUCUCGUGCUCUUAAGGCCAAUGGCAAUAAGGGUAAAGUAACUAGUAUCGAGAUCCUCGAAGACAGACGGGAGCUUGCUUUGCAGAACCUGCGCAACGCCGAGGUACAAGUCCCGGAGGAAGCCGAGGUGUUGCAUGGAGCAGCUUUGGAGGUGUUGCCCCAGCUAGAGGCAGAAAUCCAGCAAGGGAAGAGACCGAAGUUUGAUUUUGUGUUUAUUGAUGCAGACUGGGAUAACCAGUGGAGCUACUUUGACUAUGGUGUCCGACUAUCCAAAGCUGGGAGCAUCAUUAUAAUAGACAAUGCUGUCAAGACCAUGCUGGACGACGGAAUUGUGGGAUCAGAGAAACGACAGGACCGAGCAACAGAUGUGGUAGGAAAUGUGGGUCAGGAUAGUCGAGUGGAAGCUGUUCUUAUGCAGACGUUAGGUACGAAGAGCCAUGAUGGGUUCUUGAUGGCACUGGUGCUGUAA